AUGGAAUGCGCAGUUUCAUCGUGGCUUGCGCAUGAGGGAUAUGGUCGUGCAUUGGUUGCCUUCCACAAGCACUCCGAAGAGCAAGGAAUCGGUCCGCCCCUGAGCAGAUGUGAAAUCGAGACGACUGAAAUGGAACAGCGCCGAGAACUGAGAAGACUGAUUUUGAAUGGUCAAGUCGCGGAGGCGAUGAGAAUUGUCGAAGCCACAUGGCCUGGGCUAUUCGAACGGAACAAGGAGCUAACACUGAUGCUGAAGUGCCAGCAAUAUGUGGAAAUGUAUGCCAUUGCUAAUCGUAGCCGUUUGCUUGUGAUACUCGUCGUUCGCGCACAACAUGUGAUGAUAUGGAAACGGAUGGAUGCAUGCAGGUGGACGAGAGUGGCUGUCACAGAGCCGUUUGCUUGUGAUACUCGUCGUUCGCGCACAACAUGUGAUGAUAUGGAAACGGAUGGAUGCAUGCAGGUGGACGAGAGUGGCUGUCACAGUAAUGCGGAAGCAGUGGAUGAUCCGAUGGAAGACAAAUAUGAUAAAGAUCAAAGAUCUCCGUCGAAUGGAGUAGCCCACGUUUCAAAUGGAAACACGGCAAGUAAUGGUGCUGCUGUGUCAGAAUCAAAUGGUGUCUCCGAAGUCGCCGGUGCUUCUGCCACUACAAUAAUUGAUGAAGACUUAGUUUUGCAGGAUACUCUCGCGUUAAUAUGUCACACGAAACCUCUAAAUACAUCACUUCGGUAUUUGCUCGACUACUCAUUACGUGUACAAGCUGCUAACGGAUUGAACUGCGCCUUGCGAGAACAUAUGGGUUUUGCAUCAGAACCGUUGCUUUCAUCACACGUGCGUUGGGCCAGCAAACUUCGGCGCGAGCUCGGCGAGAAGCGGAACGCUGCAGCUGCGUUUGCUGAUAUCCAUACGUUGGUUACUCAGAAUGUGCUGGAUGCAUGA